UUCUUCAGUGAUAUAAAUUGCUCAUUCUUUCCUUCUUUUGGUUUGGUUCUGAUAUAUUCUAUUUGGUAUGCGUCUUCAGUGGUAAUUCAGUUAAUCAUUUACAUUUGGAUUUUGCUAAUUUCAAUACUAGGUUGGAUAGACUUUGAUUUGUGUCCUAAUAUCUUUGCACUUCUUUUAACUACGGUUGGCCCAAAUUUCUUCUGCAGUUUAUUGUUAAACAAAAGCAACAUUUUCCCAUUGUUCCCCUAUUUUUUUUCCAUAAAAUUUUCGAUUGCUUUCUUUUUUGCUCUGGGUACAGAAAGUCCUAGUGAUGGACAUUUUCCACCUGGCUCCAAAACUUCUUGCACAGUUAGCUCGACAGCUCCUGUACUGAGGAAAAGAGACCCUUUUGAUAACUCAGUUGACAGAACACCAUCAACUGAUGGCUCUUCUGCUACCACAGCCAGGAAAAGAAGUCCUCUUGGUGGUAAUGACAGGAAAACUGGUCCGGCUAUAUUUAGGAAGUUAGACCACAAGAAGCCUUCUGAUUGGAAAGUUCAAAUUGUUAGUGAUUCUUCUGGUAUUACAGUUUCGGAGGAUAAUCCUUUGAAUAGAGGUGAAAGAGUGUUGAAAACCGUUGAGGAGGAAAGAAAUAAAUUUACCAAUCCUGAAAUAAAAGGGGCUCUUUUCAAUGAGAACUCUGACGAAAAGAAGCAGAAAUUUGGCAUUUUCAAACCUGGUUCUCUUGUGAUGCCAUGUGACGAUAAAAAUUUUGUCGUUGGUAAUGAAACUGGAGAACUUUGUAGGCACCAGAGAGAAUGUGAGGACCUUUCUCUCAUCCGAAAGCAGCUUGUUCAAAUUGAAAACCAGCAAUCCAAUUUGUUGGACAUUCUCCAGAAAUUCAUCGGGAGUUCUCACAUUGGGAUGCGUUCUCUGGAGACACGUGUUCAUGGUCUAGAGCUGGCUCUGGAUGAAAUUUCAUUUGAUUUAGCUGUCUCAACUGGAAGAAUGUCACGUAAUGCUGCAGGUGCCACGUGUUGCAAAUUACCUGGUGCAGAAUUCUUGAGCUCAAAGCUUUGGAAGAAAAGGGUGGGCCGAUUUUCAACCUCCCCAUUCUCCAUUUUUGAUGGGAACGCAUCAGCAGCUGGAGUAUACAGGAUCCCUGACAAGAAUGGAGAUCCUGAAGUAUUUAAGCUGGAGAAUAGGAGAUAUCGACUUCAAGGUGAUCGUGGGUUUAUUGUUAAUCCAUUAGCUGAAAUCCCUAGACGGUCCCUGCAAAUCCCUGAAGUCUCUGAAAUGGGAGCUGCAAGGAACAUUGCUGCUUGAUGUCACUAUCACAUAUAUCUGCUCUCAAAUCAGCCGGCGGGUGUUGGACGAAGGCUGGAGUUAUGAUAUUUAGUUUGGCUGGAAUAUAAAGAUAAUUGACUAUAGCUUGAACUCUACUGUGAAUGGAAUACGCAAAUUCUCCAUUCUACUCGUAUCAUUUCAAGAAGCUUGUACCUAGAGGAAGCAUUUAUAUCAUGAGUUUCCAAUUCUUUUUCCAGGUAAAAAUUAGAUACUGCUGGAAGUGAAUGAAACCGACUGCAACUUGUGAGGUCUGAUAUUAAUGAUGAAUAGUUUGUUGGAAAAGAAAAUUUCCUGCUCUUCUAGUAGACAUGAAAGCAGACGUGUAUAUCAAUGAAUUUUCUCGUUUCUUUUCAUUCUUUGUUGAGUUGUAAUCAUAUCCUUUGAAAUUAUACUCAAUGAUGCUGUGAAUUAUUAUUGUAUUCAAUUACAAGAGCUUAUGAUGAGACAAGACCUUUUUGUUGUUUGAAAUUGAAGGUCAACUUUACCUUCUCAA